UCACUGUCGCUCCAGUCCGGCUGAGGAGCGGUCGAGUUUGCUGCCCUGGGGAGGGGCCGCGCCCUGGGAGGAGGAGGAGGAGGACUAAGAGGAGGAAGAAGAGAAGAUAGCACUCCCUUCCCAAGACCCCCUCUACCCCAAAUCCUGACCCUACAUGGUUCACGAGACUGUCAGUGGGGUAGGGAUCCCUGACUUCUGACUGACUGCCUGACUGAGGAGGGUGAAGAAGGAGAGUGAGACAUUGAUAGAGGAGAGAGCAGAGAGAGACCGAAGACUGAGACACACGAAGGAGAGACAGAGACAAGAGAGACAGACAGACUGAAAAAAGACAGCCAGAGAGCCACCCGAGGGAGAACUAGAGAGACCCAGAGAAGUUACCUCGGGGAGAUCUGGAGAGACCUCAAGACCGCCCCCCAGGCUGGUUGCUGGGGGCAACCACGUAGGUAGACGCCCUUUUGCCUGCUGGGAUCCCUGGGAACCGGCCUGUUACCAGGGCAACCAACCAUCCCAGAAGCCCCAGCGAGCAGUUCACGUGCCCACCCUCUCAAGCAGACACCAUGCCUGUGCUCUCGAAGGCACAGCCCACCCGGGCGACCUCCCUGCGGCGCCUGGCUGUGGUGGUGGCCCUGACAGCCUAUGGAGUGCACAAGAUCUACCCCUUGGUCCGCCAGGCACUGGCGAUGCAGCCCCAGCCCUCCUCUUUAGCUGAGGCGGAGGCUAGUGGCCAAGGUGGCAGAGACAGCAACAGUGGUGGUGGAGGCAGUGGGGGCGACCGAGGCAGCGGAGGCAGGCCUGGCAGCAACCAGAAGAUGGGGGCAAGUGCCGGGGCAAUUGCUGGGGGCAGCAAAAGCAGCGCCAGCGCCAACCGCGUGUUCGCACAUCGGCUGCUGUGGCUUCUCAGGCUCCUCUUCCCCAAGGUCCUGUGCCGGGAGACUGCGCUGCUGGGGUUGCACACAGCGGCCCUGGUCAGUCGCACCUUUCUGUCGGUGUAUGUAGCCCGACUGGAUGGGCGCCUGGCCCGCUGCAUCGUGCGGAAGCAGCCACGGGCCUUCAGCUGGCAGCUGCUGCAGUGGCUGCUCAUUGCGCUGCCAGCCACUUUUGUGAAUAGUGCCAUCCGCUACCUAGAGGGCCGCCUGGCGCUGGCCUUCCGCAGCCGCCUUGUAGGGCACGCCUACCGCCUCUACUUCAGCCGCCAAACAUACUACCGAGUCAGCAACAUGGAUGGCCGCCUGCGCAACCCUGACCAGUCCCUCACUGAGGACUUAGUGGCCUUCGCAGCCUCCGUGGCCCACCUCUAUUCCAACCUGACCAAGCCCCUACUCGAUGUGGCAGUGACCUCCUACACCCUGCUGCGCACCGCACGCUCCCGAGGAGCCAGCACGACCUGGCCCUCAGCCAUUGCCGGCCUCGUGGUCUUCCUCACUGCCAAGGUGCUCCGGGCCUGCUCGCCCAAAUUCGGGGAGCUAGUGGCCGAGGAGGCUCGCCGCAAAGGAGAGCUGCGCUACAUGCACUCCAGGGUGGUGGCCAACUCAGAGGAGAUCGCCUUCUACGGAGGCCACGAG